AUGGAAAGUCAUAGCCAAGAGAAAGUUACUCGCCAAGAAGAAUCAGUCAUUAGCUUGAAAUCACUUAAGAAAAGGAAAGUGACUAAUGUACUAAAAUGAACAGAAGGAGGGAAAGCUCUCGAACUAAGCGUAACUGAUGCUCUUAGAUUCUCUAAGAUAGUGAGAAAGCAUUCUGCGAUUAACCUUUACUUGCUCAGACAUUUUCAAACUUUCAAGCUGAACUUCGAGUGUCCAGAGAAAGAAGUUAGUUCAAGAAGACUCCUAGAACCCUUCAAAUCCAUUAAGACCGAUUCUUUACAUCUUUCAGGAUGUAUGGAAGAGGAAGAUGGUUAUUAUGACCUAAAAGAUUGAAGAUAUUUGCCCAUAGUGUUUAAGACUCUGACAUUGACAAAUUUCUUGAUCCCAGAUACAGUGCUAGAGAAGAUCCUCAAGAGAUAUUAUUAUACCCACACCAUCAUGUUUGAAUCCUGUUGCAUGGAUUUUGGUCAGCUAGAUUUGGGAAAACAUAUCCAAUAUGAAAUAAAAGAAAUCAAAUUUGAUUACUGUGAAUUCACAGGAAUGGAUUUUGCUCAUGAAUCAAAUGGUCAUUACUGUAGGCUCUUCCAGGCCAUAGCAGCCUCGUCUCUCAAGACAUCCCUUCAGAAGAUGGAAUUCUUCUAUCCUAUGAUUCCAGGACGCCAACUCAAAAGAUUAGCAAUUCAGGAAGGACUUAAGAAGGUGUUAAUAGAGUGCCAUGAACUUUCUAAAAACGUUAAAUAAGUUACUCUCAUAACUGCUUC